CUUCUUACCCUUUCUUACCACCAUGAUCCCCAGCGACCAUGUCUAAUGUCGAUACUCGAAGCUCAGAUGAGCUCCGACGAGCCAAAUGAGCAGCUCUCAAAUCCACAUGUGGCAGCAAAGGACUGACACACCGGGGUGGUACAAUACCAAGAUGUCAACCAGCCUAUACAUCUGAAUAUCUUACCGAUGCCAGGACCAUAAUUCUCAGACACCGCACGACUUGGUCGGUGUAAUGGGCCAGAGUUUAUAAUUUUGCACGCGUUUGAGUUCAGUCUGGCUGUAACAAAGAUUGGAUUAAUAUAUUGAGGCUUCCAACAGGACCUUGACCCGGCAACAUAUCGGAGAUACAGUACCUGGCGCCUCAUACUGGUUGGAAAGGACGUUUAAUGAUUUAUGCUGACGAAAGCAAAAAUUGUAGGAAUCUCAAGAGAAGAACCGGAUAGGCUCAAGCGGCGAAAAGUUGGCGAUCCCGACCAGCUCACUGAAAACAAUUUCUUCAUUUUUUGGCGACCAAAUGGGUCGACGAAACAGGAUUCACCCUCGAAGUGUCAGGGCUUCGUGCUUUACUUUGUGUCCCGCCCACGUCAACAUACAUUCUCACCGUCAUCCACUACAUCAUGAAGGCAGGCAAACUGGUCUUGUAAGCCUUGUCUGCGUUCCCGCGUUUACUCCCAUGCAAUGGCCUCACGCUGCGCAUGCACGCUUCUAUCCUGCAUGCAACAAUAAAACCUCCACCGUUCAACAAAGCUUCUUUCACAUUUCUGGCCGGUCAACUUCCACAUUUGACUUUUCACUCCCAGUCGAUAAUGACACCUGAUAGAAGUAGGACCAGUGCUCCAGAACUUGCGGUAUGGGUCUAUAUAAGUCGGGUCCUUCAACUGAUCGUGCACAUUGUACCUCCACAAUGCCUGCAAUCGGAAUAGGACUCAAGCUCAAAACACUCGCGGUCGCAGCACUUCUUACCCAGGUAGUAAACACUGCCGGUGAUGCGAAAUCGAUCACAAUAUCUACCACCUCAGGUCGAUUGAACGGUCUGGUGCAGGAUGGAGUGAUGACAUUCAAGGGAAUACGUUAUGGCCAGCCGCCAACUGGAAUCAGGCGAUGGGAACCCCCACUUCCAUUUUUAUCCUCAGCAACACAUGAUGCGACGAAAUUGGGACCCUCUUGCAUCCAGCAGUUUGCGUUUGCGACUGCAAAUCUGUCGAGGGCGCUCUUUAAUAAUCCUCCGCCACCUGAAAGCGAAGAUUGCCUAUUGCUGAACGUGUGGGCACCUUCAGGCUCUACGUCCACCAAAAGGCCGGUUCUCUUCUGGAUCCAUGGCGGGGGUCUCACGUUUGGGACAGCGUCACUUCCGACCUAUGACGGUACCUCCGUAGCCUCCAAUCAGAGUGUAGUGGUAGUGACGAUUAACUACCGGACCAACGUUUUCGGCUUUCCUUCCUCUCCCGAUCUCGCUUUACAAGGCAACAAUCUCGGGUUUUUGGACCAGGAUCUAGCUCUCGCUUGGGUCCAGCUGAACAUUGCUAAGUUCGGAGGAGACCCACGGCAAGUGACUAUCAUGGGACAAUCAGCAGGUGGAUUAUCGGUUUCGACUGCCAUAUCUCGACAUGACGAGGCUCGACCUCCGUUCCGAGCCGCAAUAAUGCUUUCAGGAAAUAUCGCAGCACUGAGUCCAUUGAUUCCAACGGCCUUUAACCAGUUUGCUACCGCUGUGAACUGUACGCAAGCUCCUGGACCACAGAGACUUUCGUGUCUCAAGGCCGUUCCCACUAGUAUGAUCAGCGCAUUCGUGGAUGGGCCGACGUCUGGUUCGUUUGGCGCGGCUGUCAUUGAUAACUUCACAGUCUUCGAUCGUCCCAUAGAUCGUAUUGCCGCCAAGAAAACCGCUCGAGUCCCGACUCUUCUCGGUAACACUAAAGAUGACGGUUCCCUUUUCGCACUCGAGAGUGGGCCAGUAAACCUUACGCAGUUUUUGGCACUGGAUUUCCAGGGAGCGGUUCCGGAACAACUCGUUCGGUCUUUAUAUCCUGGGUUGAACGAUACGGCGAUCAUUUCGGGUAUUAUCCGAGAUUUUAUAUUCCAGUGCCCUGCAGGUCUCUGGGCUGCUGCAUCGGUUCGAUCGGGCAUAGCUAAUGUGUAUCGGUACAUAUACGGUGCAGUCUUUGCAGACCUCCAGGUCUUCCCCGGAGCCGGUGCCCCACACGCUUCGGAAUUACCUGAACUUUUUGGAACGUUCAAUCGCACCACUGCAACCGCCGAAGAAGUAACUCUUUCUUCAACCUUCCAAACCACGAUCGCCAAUUUCGUCAAGCAUCCAAACACGUCGCCUGCUCCUGGUUGGUCAAGUUAUGCGAAUGGAAAUGUCGCGAAACUGGCGUUUGCGGAUAAUGUUGACCUUAAUAAUGUCGUUCAGCUUGUUAAAAAUGGUACUGUGGAUGUGCCUUGCAGUCUUUGGGAUGCGAUAUUAGGUGCACUCUGAACAAUGGGCCGAGUGGAUAUGUAAAACCUCCAUGUGUAACCUCUGAUACUUUCACGUGUACGACUAGAAACGAAAGAGGUGCAAGAUAGGGCGAUGCCCUCACAUAAAAUGAAGUAUUAGGAGUUGAA